CUUGGUCUCGCGGCUAGGCCUCGGGGGCCACCUUCUCCUUACACCCCACCCUGUAUAAAAACCAGGGCCUGCCAGGAGAACAAUUACUCCUUGCUCUCGGUUUGUUAUCGCAGCACACACCCAAGUCGUCGACUGCAACCGCCAUGAACGCUCUGUUCGCCACCGUCCUUCUGGGCCUUGCGUCCUACGCCGCCGCCGGAGGCUUCACCGCACCAUCGGCCUAUGCCGCUAGCGUCUACGGCCCGGCUAUCGGAUCCGUCGGACACGGAUACGGUGGACGCGGAUACCUCCCCCAGGCCUACAACCUCCAGGUGCGCUUCGGCGGUGGCGUCAAGGCCGGCGUCGCCUACGGCGGCUACGGACAUGGCGGCUACGGACACGGUGGAUACGGUGUUGCCGUCGGCCAUGGUCUCGGCUAUGGAGGAUAUGGACACGGCGUCGCUCUCGGUUACGGAGGAUACGGACACGGCGUCGCUCUCGGCUACGGUGGCUACGGACACGGUCUUGCCCUCGGCUACGGCGGCUACGGACACGGUGGAUACGGAAAGCUCUACGGUUAAACUACUCUCCAAGCUAGCAGCUGCGUGCAUGUAAAUUAACACAGAACCCGGGCAAAGGCUCCGCAGGACGGAUACGCAACGUGUUCGCCAUCGGCCGAUGCGCUGAAAGAGUACAAACACAUCAAGUAUGCACACAAAAAUCUCACGAGCACUCUACACAAGUAUAACACGCGCCACACGUAACAAGCACGACUCCACGGACCACGAGACAAAAUAAAAACACGAUCGUAAAG